GUUAUUAGUUUGGGUUUGUUUUGGCAGAGUUGCUCGCCUACAAAUCUGUAACUGACCUUUUCUUUCCCUCUCUACCAGGUUUGAAUGGGGAUGUGAAUGUUAAUGGCUUAUCUACUGUAUCUCACACUACUACUUCAGGGAUUUUGAACUCUGCUCCCCACUCCUCCAGCACCUCACACCUCCAUCACCCCAGCGUGGCCUACGACUGUCUCUGGAACUACUCACAGUACCCAUCUGCCAAUCCUGGCAGCAACCUCAAGGACCCACCCCUUCUCUCCCAGUUCUCGGGGGGACAAUACCCACUCAACGGCAUCCUUGUGGGCAGCCGGCAACCUUCAUCCCCAACUCACAACACUAACCUUCGGGCUGGGAGCCAAGAGUUCUGGGCCAACGGUACCCAGAGUCCCCUGGGGCUUAACUUUGAUUCACAAGAACUGUAUGAUUCCUUUCCUGACCAGAAUUUUGAGGUGAUGCCCAAUGGAGCCCCUAGUUUUUUUACCUCCCCACAGACUUCUCCUAUGUUGGGAUCUAGCAUUCAAACCUUUGCACCCUCCCAGGAGGUAGGCAGUGGUAUCCAUCCUGACGAGGCAGCAGAAAAGGAGAUGACUUCAGUUGUGGCAGAGAAUGGCACUGGCUUGGUAGGCAGCCUGGAGCUGGAAGAAGAGCAGCCAGAACUGAAGAUGUGUGGCUACAAUGGCUCUGUCCCUUCUGUGGAAUCGUUACACCAAGAAGUCUCAGUCCUGGUCCCUGACCCCACAGUGAGCUGUUUAGAUGAUCCUUCACAUCUUCCUGAUCAACUGGAAGACACUCCAAUCCUCAGUGAAGACUCUCUGGAGCCCUUCAACUCCCUGGCACCAGAGCCAGUGAGUGGAGGACUAUAUGGUAUUGAUGACACGGAGCUGAUGGGUGCAGAGGACAAGCUGCCUCUUGAGGACAGCACUGUGAUCUCUGCCCUUGAUUGCCCUUCCCUCAAUAAUGCUACUGCCUUCAGUCUCCUGGCAGAUGAUAGUCAAACAUCAACCUCUAUCUUUGCCAGUCCCGCCUCUCCACCUGUCCUAGGGGAGUCUGUCCUGCAAGAUAACAGCUUUGACCUGAAUAAUGGUAGUGACGCUGAACAGGAAGAAAUGGAAACUCAGUCUUCAGAUUUCCCACCAUCCCUGACUCAGCCAGCUCCCGAUCAGCCAUCCGCUAUUCAGCUACAUCCAGCAACCUCACCAGCAGUCUCGCCAACAGCCUCCCCAGCAGUCUCCCUGGUGGUUUCUCCACCAGCCUCCCCAGAAAUCUCUCCAGAAGUUUGUCCAGUGGCUUCUACAGUUGUCUCUCCAGCAGUCUUCUCAGUGGUCUCUCCAGCUUCCUCAGCAAUCCUCCCAGCAGUCUCCUCAGAAGUCCCCUUGACUGCUUCAGUGGCGUCCCCAAAAGCCUCUCCUGUAACUUCCCCAGCAGCUGCCUUCCCAACAGCCUCCCCAGCAAAUAAGGAUAUCAGCAGCUUCCCAGAAACCACUGCUGACCAGGAAGAGAUCACUGGAGAAGGACUCACUACUUCUGGUAGUGGUGAUGUCCUGAGGAGACGUAUUGCUACCCCAGAGGAAGUUCGUCUUCCCCUCCAACAUGGGUGGCGGAGAGAGGUACGCAUCAAGAAGGGCAGCCACCGGUGGCAGGGGGAGACCUGGUAUUAUGGCCCCUGUGGGAAGAGGAUGAAGCAAUUUCCAGAAGUGAUCAAGUACCUGAGCCGCAACGUGGUACACGGUGUCCGCCGUGAGCACUUUAGCUUCAGUCCCCGUAUGCCUGUUGGAGACUUCUUUGAAGAAAGAGACACACCAGAGGGCCUGCAAUGGGUGCAGCUCUCAGCAGAGGAGAUCCCAUCAAGGAUUCAGGCAAUUACUGGCAAACGGGGUCGACCUCGAAAUACUGAGAAGGCUAAGACUAAGGAAGUCCCCAAGGUGAAACGGGGCCGAGGUCGGCCACCUAAGGUCAAAAUUACUGAGGUGUUGAACAAGACAGACAACCGCCUCCUAAAGAAACUGGAGGCCCAAGAAACAGUGAGUGAGGAGGAUAAAGCAAAGAUUGGUAAAAGCAAGAAGAAGAUGAGGCAGAAGGUACAACGGGGAGAGUGUCAGACUACUAUCCAAGCGCAGGCCAAAAACAAGCGGAAACAAGAGACCAAGAGCUUAAAGCAGAAGGAAGCUAAGAAGAAAUCCAAGGCCGAGAAAGAAAAGGUAAAGACAAAGCAGGAAAAAUUGAAGGAAAAAGUCAAGAGAGAAAAGAAGGAGAAGGUAAAAAUGAAGGAAAAGGAGGAAGUGGCCAAAGCCAAGCCAGCCUGUAAAGCAGAUAAGACCCUGGCCACACAGAGGCGCUUGGAGGAACGGCAGAGGCAACAGAUGAUCUUGGAGGAAAUGAAGAAGCCGACAGAGGAUAUGUGUCUGACUGACCACCAGCCCCUGCCUGACUUCUCACGAAUCCCUGGUCUGACAUUGCCCAGUAAGGCCUUCUCAGACUGCUUGACCAUUGUGGAGUUCCUGCAUAGCUUUGGCAAGGUGCUGGGCUUUGAUCCUGCCAAAGAUGUGCCUAGCCUGGGGGUCCUGCAGGAGGGACUCCUGUGUCAAGGCGACAGCUUGGGUGAGGUGCAAGACCUGUUGGUGCGGUUGCUGAAAGCUGCACUCUAUGAUCCUGGCUUGCCCUCCUACUGUCAGUCCCUAAAGAUCUUGGGGGAGAAGGUGUCUGACAUCCCGCUGACAAGAGACAAUGUGUCAGAGAUCCUGCGCUGCUUCCUUAUGGCAUACGGAGUAGAGCCAGCCCUCUGUGACCGCCUGCGCACCCAACCUUUUCAGGCCCAGCCACCCCAGCAGAAGGCUGCUGUCCUGGCCUUCCUUGUGCACGAGCUCAAUGGCUCUACCCUCAUCAUCAAUGAGAUUGACAAGACUCUGGAGAAUAUGUCCAGCUACAGGAAGAACAAGUGGAUUGUUGAAGGCCGGCUCCGGAGACUGAAAACUGCUCUGGCCAAGCGAACGGGGCGGUCUGAGGUAGAGAUGGAAGGGCCAGAGGAAGGCCUGGGACGGAGACGCAGUUCUCGGAUCAUGGAAGAGACCAGUGGCAUGGAAGAAGAGGAAGAAGAGGAGACUAUAGCAGCUGUCCAUGGCCGCAGGGGUCGAAGAGAUGGAGAGGUUGAUGCCACAACAUCUAGCAUCCCAGAACUAGAGCGCCAGAUAGAAAAACUCAGUAAGCGUCAGCUUUUCUUUCGCAAAAAGCUGCUUCACUCAUCCCAGAUGCUUCGGGCAGUCUCCUUGGGCCAAGACCGCUACAGACGUCGCUAUUGGAUAUUGCCAUAUUUGGCUGGUAUCUUUGUAGAAGGAACAGAGGGGAACUUAGUUCCUGAGGAUGUGAUAAAGAAGGAAACUGACUCCUUAAAAGUGGCAGCCCAUGCCUCACUCAACCCUGCACUCUUCUCUAUGAAGAUGGAGUUAGCUGGCUCCAACACUACUGCCAGUUCUCCUGCCCGGGCCCGAGGCCGACCUCGAAAAACUAAGCCUGGGUCUAUGCAGCCUCGGCACCUGAAGUCCCCUGUCAGGGGUCAGGAUUCAGAACAGCCUCAGGCACAGCUUCAGCCUGAAGCUCAGCUUCACACUCCUGCCCAGCCCCAGCCUCAGCUUCAGUCCCAUCCUCAGUCCCAUAAGGGGUUCCUGGAACAAGAAGGCUCCCCUUUGUCACUGGGUCAGAGCCAGCAUGACCUCAGCCAGUCAGCUUUCCUAUCUUGGCUGAGCCAGACUCAGAGCCAUAGCUCCCUGUUGAGCAGCUCAGUCCUCACACCUGACAGCAGUCCUGGAAAAUUAGACCCAGCUCCAUCACAGCCCCCGGAGGAGCCAGAGCCUGAUGAGGCAGAAUCCAGCCCUGAUCCUCAAGCACUCUGGUUUAACAUCUCAGCCCAGAUGCCCUGCAAUGCUGCCCCUACACCACCCCCUGCAGUUUCUGAGGACCAACCCACUCCCUCCCCUGAGCAGCUUGCCUCCUCCAAGCCAAUGAAUAGACCCAGUGCUGCCAACCCUUGUUCUCCAGUGCAGUUCUCUUCCACGCCUUUGGCUGGGUUGGCCCCUAAGAGGCGAGCAGGAGACCCUGGAGAAAUGCCACAGAGUCCCACAGGGCUGGGACAGCCCAAACGAAGAGGGAGACCUCCCAGUAAGUUCUUCAAACAGAUGGAACAGCGUUACCUAACCCAGCUGACAGCCCAGCCUGUCCCCCUUGAGAUGUGCUCAGGCUGGUGGUGGAUACGAGAUCCUCAGACAUUGGAUACCAUGCUCAAGGCCCUACACCCCCGAGGUAUCCGAGAGAAGGCACUUCACAAACACCUUAACAAGCACAGGGACUUCUUGCAGGAAGUCUGCCUACGGCCCUCAGCUGACCCCAUCUUUGAGCCCAGGCAACUACCUGCCUUUCAAGAAGAGAUCAUGAGCUGGUCCCCCAAAGAGAAGACAUAUGCGACAGACCUAGCAGUGCUUCAGUGGGUUGAAGAGCUGGAGCAGCGGGUUAUCAUGUCUGAUCUGCAGAUUCGGGGGUGGACAUGUCCUAGCCCAGACUCUACCCGUGAAGACUUGGCCUACUGUGAGCACCUCUCCGACUCCCAGGAGGAUAUCACCUGGCGAGGUCGGGGCAGGGAAGGACUGGCACCUCAGCGUAAAACUACCAACCCUUUGGACCUGGCUGUGAUGCGGCUGGCUGCCCUAGAACAGAAUGUAGAACGGCGGUACCUGCGGGAGCCCCUCUGGCCAGCUCAUGAGGUUGUGCUGGAGAAGGCCCUGCUUAGCACGCCUAAUGGUGCCCCUCAGGGCACCACUACAGAGAUAUCAUAUGAGAUCACCCCUCGCAUUCGUGUAUGGCGCCAGACCCUCGAGCGGUGCCGGAGUGCAGCCCAGGUGUGCUUGUGCCUGGGCCAGCUAGAGAGGUCCAUUGCCUGGGAGAAGUCGGUCAACAAAGUGACGUGUCUAGUCUGCCGGAAAGGUGACAAUGAUGAGUUCCUUCUGCUUUGUGAUGGGUGUGACCGUGGCUGCCACAUUUACUGCCAUCGUCCCAAGAUGGAGGCUGUCCCAGAAGGAGAUUGGUUCUGUACUGUCUGUUUGGCUCAGCAGGUAGAGGGAGAAUUCGCUCAGAAGCCCGGUUUCCCAAAACGAGGCCAGAAACGGAAAAGUGGUUAUUCCCUGAACUUCUCAGAGGGUGAUGGCCGCCGACGUCGGGUACUGUUGAGGGGCCGAGAAAGCCCAGCAGCAGGGCCUCGGUACACGGAAGAAGGGCUGUCCCCCUCCAAGCGGCGGCGACUCUCAAUGCGGAACCACCACAGUGAUCUCACAUUUUGCGAGAUUAUCCUGAUGGAGAUGGAGUCCCAUGAUGCAGCCUGGCCUUUCCUAGAGCCUGUGAACCCACGUUUGGUGAGUGGGUACAGACGCAUCAUCAAAAAUCCUAUGGAUUUUUCCACCAUGCGGGAGCGGCUGCUCAGGGGAGGGUACACCAGCUCAGAGGAGUUUGCGGCUGAUGCCCUCCUGGUAUUUGACAACUGCCAGACCUUCAACGAGGAUGACUCUGAAGUAGGCAAGGCUGGACACAUCAUGCGCCGCUUCUUCGAGAGCCGCUGGGAGGAGUUUUAUCAGGGAAAACAGGCCAAUCUGUGAGGCAAGGGAGGUGGGGAGUCACCUUGUGGCAUCUCCCCCCAUCUUGCAAACAAAAACCUGCCAUUUUCACCUGCUGAUGCUGCCCUGGGUCCAGACUCAAGUCAGAUACAACCCUGAUUUUUGACCUUGCCCUUGGCAGUGCCCCACAUCCUCUUAUUCCUAUAUCCCUUUCUCCCUUUCCUCCUCUUGCUCCUCAAAUAAGAGGUGCAGAGAUGAGGUCCUUCUGGACUGAAAGCCAAAAAAAGAAAGAAAAAAAUAA